AUGGGCACUUCCAUCUUCCCAUGCUUCUUCAUCAUCCUGCUCACCGGGGGCUCCCCAGCAGGGUGUGCUGGAGAUGGCAGCUCUGCAUCCCACAGCACAGCCAGCACUGCGGAGAAGCCUGUCCUGUUGAGCAACAUCGCAGAUGCUGAAGCUUUCGUCAGAGGUGCGGAGGUGGCGGUCAUUGGAUUCUUCCAGGUAGACAAUGACCGGAGGGAUCUGGAUAUGAACAGCAAAGAUGUUGAUGCUGAGAAGAUGACUCGUUUCAUUCGGAUGAAUGAGCUCCGCCUGGUGACAGACUACAACCCUGUGACAGCGAUAGGUGUGAUGCAGAGUUCGCUCCAGCUUCACCUCCUCCUGAUCACAGACAAGAUGUCCCCGAAGCACCCCGAGCGAAUGCGCAAAUAUCGUGCGGCAGCGGAGCUCUUCAAGGGGAAGAUUCUCUUUAUCCUGUUAGACAGCAAUUUGAAGAGCAAUGAACGAGUAGUGUCAUUCUUCAAACUGAAGAAGUCCCAGCUGCCAGCUCUGGCUUUAUUUCAUGCACCAGAUGAGGAGCAGGAUGUGUUGACUCUGGAUGAAGUCUCCGUUGAGCGUGUACAAGACUUCUGUAAUCGUUUCUUACAAAGAAUGCAGAAGAAAGAAGACGAACCUGAGGAGAAGAAUGAGGAACUCUGA